CGAUCUCGGCGCACCGGUUCGAACUCCAAACAGAGGCGAUGUGGGUGGUCCGCUUUUCAGUCAAACAGUAAUGUGUUCAGGAAAUAACCAUGUGAAGUGUAAUGCUCCCAAGAAACGAGGCUAUGGGGAAUGCUCCACCACAUGUGUUAGUAGGAGUAUUGGUGCUUAUUACAGCUGUCAUUUCACAAACGGCUGCCUCUGCCAUUACUCCUCCUAACAAUGCCACACUCAUUGAUGUAUCAGAGGCUGAAACCACUACUGAGAGCCUAGGAAAAGGGAAUUCUAAAGAUGGAGUUUCAGAAACAGAUCCCUUGAUACGUAGUAGUGAAUCCAAAGUAUUUGUGCAGCCAACGGAUACCCCGGAUGAUACAUUUGUUGUGAAUGAGUGGGCUUCUGUUGACCCUUUUUCAUUCUCACCUGAGGGAGCCUUUCCUGCAAGCUUUAACGACAGUCAGAAUGUUGAUCCUUGUAGACAAACAGCUCGUUGUGAACCGCUGGAAGAAACAACCUGUCUUGGGGUGCGUCUACCCUAUAGACACACCUCCUUAGAUCUGACGGGGCUCCCGAGCCAACAGGUUGCUAGGGAACACUUGGAGUUUUGGUCUCGCUUGCGCAAUAUCCCAAGAUGUUGGGCUGUGGUUCAACCUCUCCUUUGUGCUGUAUUUUUCCCUCGGUGCGACAGGUCAUCAGUGCAAUUGCCUUCUCAGAAGAUGUGCGUAAUCACAAGAGGUCCUUGCCGUCUUGUGGAAGAAGAUUGGCCUCCUUAUUUAAGGUGCAAGGAAGAUUUUCCACAUAAGUGUAAGAACAGCGCAAGGGAACUGAAGUUCAACACGACUGGCCAGUGUGUUCCACCGCUCGUUGCUACAGAAGAGGAAUCUUCUUGGUAUGAGGGAGUUAAAGGAUGUGGCAUACAAUGUGCAAAUCCAAUCUUCACUCCACAGGAGCAUGAGGAUUUGCACCAAUUUGUUGCCACAAUUGGUGGGAUAUGUCUCGCCUGUGCUGCUCUAACAGUGCUAACGUAUCUGAUAGACUGGCGUGCAGCAAACAAAUAUCCCGUGCUAAUCAUCUUCUACAUCAAUGGGUGUUUCUUGAUAGCCAGCAUAGGCUUCAUGGUCCAAUUCCACCCUGGGGUACGUCAGGACCUGACUUGCCGUUCAGAUGGCACUCUUCGACAAGCUGAGCCCAGUUCGGGUGGAAACCUGUCAUGUGUGGUUGUGUUUGUCUGCAUUUAUUACUUCAUGGUGGCAGGGGGAAUGUGGCUGAUUAUCUUGGCAUAUUCCUUGCACACUAGCUUCAAGUCUUAUGCAGCUGGUCUCUGUGGUGAAGAACUGGAGCGUCGUGCAGCAUACUUCCACCUCAUAGCCUGGUCUCUGCCUCUAGUCUUAACCAUCACCAUCAUGGCCCUGGCAGAGGUUGAGGCAGACUCCCUCGCAGGCAUCUGCUUCCUCUCCUCAGCAAUUCACAUUCGAAUAGGGUUCCUUCUGCUGCCUGUCAUUCUCAUUGUGAUCAUUGGAGGAUUCUUCUUGGGCAGAGGAAUGAUGAAGCUUAUAUAUCUGAAAAUGGAGUGCUGUACCAUUAUUAGUGACAAUGCCAACAGCAAGAUUGUGGAAACCAUCAUUAGACUAGCUAUUAUCACCAUCACACUUGUCACCUUCACUGCCAUCACUGUAUACUGCCACAUCUAUCAGUACAAGAAUCAGCACCUAUGGGAUGAUGCACUAAGAGAUUACAUCAUGUGUGUCUCUAACAUCACAGCAGAUGUUCAGGACAGCAAUAGAACCUCUUGUAAAAUAGCUGAACGUCCUAGCAUCAAUCUGUACAAGCUCCAUCUAUUAGCUCUCUUUGGUGCAGGGAUUAUCAUGUCCUCAUGGUGUUGGACGCCCAACACCAUACAGGCAUGGAAACGUUUUUUCAGAAGAGUGGCAGGAGUACCGAGUGAAGAGCCUCUGCGCUUAGCAAAGCACAAGGUUAUAGCUCAAGCCUUUGCCAAACGCCAUGACUUAAAUAACAUGGGAAGGCUGUCCAUCAGUCUCCACUCCAUGCAUGAUGAUCCUAUAGGAUUGAACUUUGAAAUGAACAGCAUGACCUCGGGUGACCUUUCCUCUGCUUGGGCUCAUGCCAUUCCUCACCUCAUGACACGCCGAGGUGCACUGGUUGGCUCAACUGCUCUUGGUCUUCGCAGGAACUCUGUUGAUUCAGAAUAUAGUGUCAGUCGAAGGUUCUCUCUUGAGUCGGGCUGCAAUAAUCGUAGUUCUCGUCGACACUCACUAGACUCGCAGAUGUCCUUCCAUGUAUCUGAUGCCGAAAGACUGGCAGCGCUUCAUACUGCUGCCCGCUUUGGCCGUCGCAAGAGGCGAGACUGGUUCAGCUUGAAAAGAGGUCGUCGGAUGAAUGCGUGGGACAGGAGGGGAUCCAACACUUCAGAUGAUAGCAACCUCGGUUCUAUGAUUUUGCCAGCUGUCACCAUGAACCAGGACACCCUCUUCACCAACAUGAUGAAGCGUCUGAAUCUUAGCUCAGAUGACCCGACCCGCUCCGAGAGAAUAGUUCCCUCAGCUCCUCCAGCCAAAUCUGUCAACCUGAAUGUGGUCCCUCUGCCAGGCCAGGCUCCCCUUGAGUCUGAGGAUGAUGUGGGGGCAGAGAACCAUGCCUAUGCUGACAAUGACUCUAUUACACACACUGUACUCAACAAUGUUCUCAAGAGUGUUGAGCUAAAGAGGCAGGAGGAAAACUAUACGAGAGCAGCCACAGCACUUGAGGAGGGACUGUUGAGUUCAGCCCAGGGGAGGGUCUGCAGCAGGAGGGGGUUCACGACUGAAAGUAGGGAGGUAAGAGGGGUCAGUAUUGGAGUCCAGGCAUCACUCAUUGGUAGUCCAGUUGUUACAAUGGUAGACAAGGGAGUCCAAGUCUCUUCUCCCCUCCUUAGCCGAGGGAGUCAGGCAUCACAGACUCAUGACUGGGAACUAAGCCCAACCCAUGCCUACAAGCUACAAGACUCUGGCAAGAAGACCGUAGGUGAAACAAGCUUCAUGAUCCAGAGGAAACUACAAAACAAUGAGCGACCAGGAACUCCUGUCACCAAGCUGCCCAAGAAGCUGAAUGUCAGUAAUGAUAAAUCUGCAGCAAAUAAGAAUAUAAAUAGCAGUCAUGGGUCUCACAAACGCAGUGCAAGUGCCAGGUCAGGGAACAUAAGUGGCAAGAGCAGAAGAAGUAGAGGUGAGAGUGCUGAUGUCAUGACCGUUUUAGAUAUGGAUGAGGAUAGUGAUUAAAAAGUAAACCUAUUUAUAUCCUUUGAUAUUUCAUAAUAUUUGUUACCCACAGCAAUAUGGUAUAAUAAUACUGUAAAUGAGAAACAUUUUGACUCUUCAAGAAACUUCACAAAAAGAAGUAUGAAAACCCUGAACAUGAACAUUUUACAUAAACAUAGAUAUUAACUUGCCUAUGCACUCACAAUACUCUCUCUCAGUGGAUUGGGGUAGUGAGUUUGUGCCAAAUACGAAAAAAAAGCACAAAGA